UGCAAACUUUUUUCAAAAUUUAGCUCACCUACCACUGCAGACGUGGUAUCUUCUUCCAUCUACAGACGCUUGCUCACUUUGUUUCACUUUCUAUAAGAACAUGCCCUUGCAAAUUUAAGUAAGUCGUUUCAGUUUUACUUCAUGCUUUGCUUUGCUUUGCUUCACCAUAGCUAGCUCUUCAUGGCUGUUUCUUUGAGUUGUUCAUGGUCACUCCUAGUUCUUUUGGUCAUGACAACUGGGUUUAGUUGCUCCUUGGCUAGCCAAAUAGGCUUGGGCUCGAGACUGCUGGCUAGUGAGGACCAAACUUGGGUUUCUGAAAACAGAACCUUUGCUUUCGGCUUCACCCCGGUACCCAACAAGCGUGAAAGCUUUCAAUUGGCAAUCUGGUUCGCUGAGCUUCCUGGAGAUAGAACAGUAGUUUGGUCAGCUAACAGAAACUCUUCUGUCACCAAAGAUGCGAUCUUGGAGCUGGAUACCACCGGAAACCUUGUUCUUCUAGACGGCGAAGCCACCGUAUGGACGUCAAACACCUCAGGCGCUGGGGUUGAAUAUGCAGUCAUGUCAGAAUCCGGCAAUUUCAUCCUUUACACCACAAACAACAUCCCUGCUUGGCAAAGUUUUUUGCACCCUUCUGAUACAUUACUUCCAAACCAGCCCUUGUCUGCUUCUCUUGAACUAACCUCGCCCAAGUCACCUUCCUACGGAGGCUACUACUCACUCAAAAUGCUGCAACAGCCCACCUCAUUGAGCCUUGCAUUGACUUAUAAUUUGCCUGAAUCAUAUGAUGCUUCACCUGAAGCUUAUGCAAAUAUAUCCUACUGGUCUUCCCCCGAGAUUUCGAACAUUUCCGGGGAGGUCGUUGCAGUAUUAGAUGAAGCUGGAAGCUUUGGAAUAGUGUACGGUGAGUCAUCAAGUGGAGCUAUCUAUGUGUACAAGAAUGAUGGAGAUACUAGUGGGCUGUCAUCGGCUACAAAUGGAUCCACUCGUUUGUCCAUUCUUCGGAGACUGAUACUUGAGACUAAUGGGAAUAUACGGUUGUAUAGAUGGGACAACGAUGUAAAUGGCUCACGCCAAUGGGUUCCAGAAUGGGCUGCAGUUUCAAACCCCUGUGAUAUUGCUGGAAUCUGUGGAAAUGGCGUAUGUAAAUUGGACAGCAGCAAGACUAAUGCUUCUUGUACAUGCUUGCCUGGCACUUCUGCAGGAGGAAGCAAUGGCCAGUGCUCAGAGUCUUCUUCAUCAAUCGCUAAAUGUGAUUCCAGGAGAGAAAAUCGAACUUCCCAGUAUAUAACUGCAGCAGUGUCCCAAACUAACUACUAUUUCUCUGAUUAUUCAGUGAUAGCAAAUUACAGUGACAUUGAAACAGAAUCUAAAUGUGGCGACACUUGUCUUUCUGAUUGUGAGUGUGUUGCUUCUCUUUAUGGCCUUGACGACGAGAAGCCUUACUGUUGGGUUUUGAGGAGCCUGGAUUUUGGUGGAUUUGAGGAUCCUGGAUCAACUCUGUUUGUGAAAAUUCGGUCUAACGGCUCGACUGCGCGGGAAGGACAUGGGGAUUCCUCAGAGGCGAGUGCCCGCCAAAAGGUUUUGAUCAUUCCUAUUGUUCUCAGUAUGACUGCCCUUAUUGCACUCCUCUGUUUGCUAUUGUAUUACAAUGUUCAUAGAAAGAGAGCCUUGAAGAAAGCCAUGGAAAACUCUUUGAUUGAAACUGGUGCUCCAAUGAAUUUUACUUACCGGGAUUUACAAAUUCGUACCAGCAAUUUUUCACAGCUUCUUGGAACAGGAGGAUUUGGGAGUGUGUACAAGGGAAGCCUUGGAGAUGGGACUCUGGUUGCAGUAAAGAAACUUGACAGAGUUUUGCCUCAUGGAGAAAGGGAAUUCAUAACUGAAGUGAACACCAUUGGCUCCAUGCAUCACUUGAACUUAGUUCGUCUAUGCGGCUACUGCUCUGAGGGCUCACACCGUCUUCUAGUGUAUGAGUUCAUGAAAAAUGGAUCUCUAGACAAAUGGAUCUUUCCUUCAUACAACUACCGGGACAGGCUACUUGAUUGGCCUACUCGGUUCAAUAUAGCAGUUGCCACGGCACAAGGGAUUGCGUAUUUUCACGAGCAGUGCAGAAAUCGGAUAAUUCACUGUGACAUCAAACCGGAAAAUAUUUUGCUAGAUGAGAACUUCUGCCCCAAGGUAUCAGAUUUUGGACUGGCUAAGUUAAUGGGAAAAGAGCAUUCACAGGUUGUCACCAUGGUCAGAGGAACCAGAGGCUAUUUGGCUCCAGAAUGGGUUAGCAACCGGCCUGUAACAGUAAAGGCUGAUGUUUACAGCUAUGGAAUGCUUCUUAUGGAGAUUGUUGGCGGCAGGAGAAAUCUUGAUAUGUCUUAUGAUGCUGAUGAUUUCUUCUAUCCUGGAUGGGCUUUUAAGGAGAUGACAAAUGGGACGCCAUUGAAAGUUGCAGACCGACGACUUGGGGGGACAGUUGAUGAAGAAGAAAUGAUGAGGGCAUUGAAAGUUGCGUUUUGGUGCAUUCAAGACGAAGUUUUCAUGAGGCCUUCAAUGGGAGAAGUGGUGAGGAUGUUAGAAGGAUCAAUCGACAUAAACACACCACCAAUGCCUCAGACAGUCUUGGAACUGAUUGAAGAAGGCCUAGAGCAUGUAUACAGAGCCAUGAAGAGGGAUUUUCAUCAGUUUAGCUCCUUCACCAUCAACAGUCUUCCUUCAUCGCACACCCAUUCGCAUGCCACCUGCAGUUAUUCUACAAUGUCACCCAGAUAGUUUAAGUUCAUAAUUUUUUUUUUUAUGCACAUAAGGAAGACCACCGAUAAGACUUGUAACUGGAUAAUACAGUUGUUUACUUGUAUUUCCUAUUUUCUUGAAAAAUCUCCUUUUUUACCCA